GGUGCCUGGACUAAAUUUGCACAACUGGCCCAUAAGCAUGCGAAGAGUUUCUUCGUUUUAUGUGUCUUUUUAGUGCUUGCAAACUGUCCUUUUUCGGAGGUUAUCGCCACCUAUGUUUAAAUUCCUACAACAGGUCAUGGUCUAUUCUCCUAUCGCUUUUAGUUCUUACCUCCCAAGUUGACAUCAGUUUCAAUCAAGUAAUACUCUCAUAUUUACACUAACUUAGCUAAAAGUCCGCCGUCGCCGGACUCUCAGUGGGAAACCCCCCCAAUCUCAUCACAUCUAUAUUGAGCCUCCAUCAGCCGAUCGAGAUAAAAUCUCGCGAUACCCGGCGCCACCACAUCAGAAUGACAACAACUCAUCUGCUUAGCAUAAAGCGUAUUAUUUUCCCAUUAGUAUUAGUGUUUACUGUGCUUUCUUAUCUUACCUCUGCCACAUUGUCUCCAGCAGCAUCGCCUGCCGCCGAAACCGAGCUCAUCUGUCACACGGACAAUCCAGCGGAAUGCUAUCCAAAGCUUUUUUCAGCGACAGAAGAGUUUCAGGUCGUCCACGAUGAUCAGGGCUUACCACCGGGACUGCACGUGCAGCUUGAUGUUCAGACAGGCCAGAAAAAAGCCAAACUUUACAACCCAAGCGAGGAAAACCCUGCCCUCGCAGGCCUGCCAGUCGACCAAGAUGUGAUCGUAGUAGAUCCCGAACCGCGCCCGGAUCAGGAGUCCAAGAUUCCACCCGGUGCACCAGCUUACGAACCUUUAGGUAAGGUCAAGGCACCGCGAGAGAAGAAUGAGGAUUUCUCCCAAGCUCUUCAAAUAGUGAAGGAAAGCUUUGGACGUCAACAACCUAUCAAGAAUAGCGUCCUCCACGAGGCGCUGCAACUACUCGAUGAUUUGUCUCACGAUUUGUACUACGGUCUACAGAUCGCAGAGGAUGCGGAAGCCGUACAGUCACUGUUCUGCUUGCUGCUCAGAGGCGAGGAGGCUGAAGCACAGGAGGGGCCUUUCACAGAGCGAGCAGAUUUCAUGGCGUCCUCUGUGCUGUCUGCCACCAUCGGAAACAACGCGCGAGCCCUUGCGACCAUUGAAGGAGCCUGGGGCAGUAUAUCGAGCAAACAUUGUGAAGCAAGCUCAUACCCGAUAAAUCAAGAACUAUUCAUUCACUUAGCGCCUACAAGCGAACCAAACACCAAGCUCGAGUCCGAGGAGGCAGGAAACAUCCGCCUCUAUCUCCCAGUUGUCAGCGGACUGUUGAAGAGUCCUGAAAUUCGAACCGAAUUUCUAAAUGACGACGGGAUGCGUAGCCUCCUUCAGAUUCUACUCCGAGAGGGUCCUGUGUGGGAGUCUAGGAGAGCGAAGGCUGCCCAAAUUGUCUCGGACACUUUUCUUGAUGAAGAUUUUGGAGCAACACUAGGUCUUUGGCCUAGAAAACAGCAGACAGAUGCUGCCAAAUGCACCACGAAGGGGCCUCGGUCAUUAGACGAGGAGUGUUGGGCAUAUCACUUAGACAAGAUUAGUCAAGCAGCUGGGGCACCGGAGUGGAGUAAACAACUGCUUAGUCUUUUACAGCAAGCACAAAUGCCAAGCUCGUCUUCAGAGGCGCCGCGAAAGCAUACCGAGUUGUAGAUAAUUAGAAAUAAGAAGCGACGUGCAUCGCAAUACGAGUAAGAUCAUAUGUCCAUUUACACGAGUCGUUUUAUGGUGUAGCCAAUACCGGGAUAGAUACUGAACAGCAGAUACCUAGGUAGAUUCGGACGCGCAACACGCCGGAGAAAGAGGGGCUGACGUUGCUACGGCUUUCACGGGUACCAAAAAGCCGAGCGUGUAUAGAUGGAAAGAACGUUAGCCGGCUAAGCGCG